AAAUAGCCUCAUCUGUCCUGCCCUCCCAUGCCUGGCCCGCUGGCCGCAGAGUCCCAGCAUUGUUUGGGAGCAGCAGGAAUGCGAAGAUGGCUGCAGACCUGGGAGAGCUGCUGGUCCCUUACAUGCCCACCAUCAGGGUGCCCAAGUCAGGGGACAGGGUCUACAAGACGGAGUGCGCCUUCUCCUAUGAUUCCCCUUUAUCCGAAGGAGGUCUGUACGUGUGCAUGAGCACAUUCCUGGGAUUUGGGAGAGAACAUGUAGAACGGCAUUACAGGAAGACAGGACAAUCUGUUUACAUGCACCUAAAACGCCACAUAAGACAGAAACCAACUGGAGCAUCUGGCGGAGCCCUUCCAAGACGUAUAAAUGGCAAGAUGUUUUUAGAUCUCGAAAUUGAUACAGAUUUCAACAGUGAUGACUAUGAGUAUGAAGAUGAAGCCAAACUUGUUAUAUUUCCAGAUCACUUUGAAAUUGCCAUACCUAAUAUAGAGGAGCUUCCAGCGCUGGUUACAAUAGCUUGUGAUGCUGUUCUAAAUUCAAAGUCCCCAUUCAGAAAAUUGGAUCAAGAGUCAUGGGAGGAGGAGUUACAAGUGUCAAAGUUUGCUAAUAACCUUGUGCAGAUAGACAAUGGUGUAAAGAUUCCACCAAGUGGCUGGAAGUGUGCUAAAUGUGAACUCCGGGAGAACCUGUGGCUAAACCUGACAGAUGGGUCAGUGAUGUGUGGAAGGUGGUUCUGCUCGGGCAGUGGUGGGAAUGGUCAUGCACUGGAGCACCACAAGCAGAUGGGUUAUCCAUUGGCUGUAAAACUUGGAACAAUUACACCAGAUGGAGCAGAUGUGUAUUCAUUUGAUGAAGAGGACGCUGUUUUAGACCAUCAUCUUGCCAGACAUCUUGCACAUUUUGGCAUUGAUAUGUUACAGAUGCAAGUGACAGAGAAUGGCGAAUUGGAUAAUGAAGUUAAGCCAAGGAUUAAUGAGUGGGAAGUCAUCCAGGAAACGGGGUUGAAGUUGAAGCCGGUGUUUGGCUCUGGCUACACUGGUAUUAAGAACCAGGGGAACAGCUCCUACCUCAGCACCGUGAUCCAGGUCAUCUUCAGCAUACCAGAGUUCCAGAGAGCUUAUGUAGGGAACCUCACACGAAUAUUUGACUAUGCUCCUCUGGACCCAACACAAGACUUCAACACACAAAUGGCCAAACUGGGACAUGGCCUACUCUCCGGAAAGUACUCCAAGUUUCCAGCGAAAUGUGAGCUGAUAGAGCAGGUGAUGAAAGAAGAGCACAAGCCUCAACCAAAAGGAAUUACAACUCGAAUGAUAAAAGCCUUAGUAAGUAAAGAGCACCCAGAAUUCUCCUCAAACAGACAGCAAGACGCACAGGAGUUUUUCCUGCACCUUAUUAAUCUAGUAGAGAGAAACAGCAUAGGCUUGGAAAACCCCAAUGAUGUCUUCAGAUUUUUGGUGGAGGAGCGGACGCAGUGUUGCCAAUCCAGGAAAGUUCGCUAUUCGGAGAGAGUUGACUAUAUUAUGCAGUUGCCUGUGGCCAUGGAGGCUGCAAGUAAUAAAGAUGAACUGAUUGCCUAUGAAUUGAAAAGAAGAGAAGCAGAAACUGCGAAGAGACCUCCUCCUGAGCUUGUGCGUGCUAAGAUCCCAUUCAGAGCCUGUCUACAGGCCUACUCCGAGCCUGAGAAUGUGGAUGACUUCUGGAGCAGUGAACUUCAGGCCAAGUCUGCAGGUGUUAAAACAUCCCGUUUUGCCUCAUUCCCUGAACACUUAGUAGUCCAGAUAAAAAAGUUCACAUUUGGCCUUGACUGGGUGCCUAAGAAACUCGAUGUAACUGUGGAUAUGCCAGAUCUCCUAGACAUCAAUCAUCUCAGAGCAAAAGGUCUGCAGCCGGGGGAAGAAGAGCUGCCAGAUAUAGCGCCCCCUAUUAUUAUUCCUGAUGACCCAAAAGGUCACUUCAGGAAUCAUUUCAUGGAGUCUCCUGACAUAGACGAGUCUUCAGUCAUGCAACUGGCAGAGAUGGGGUUCCCACUGGAGGCUUGUCGGAAGGCUGUGUACUAUACUGGAAGCAUGGGGGCAGAAUUGGCUUUCAACUGGAUAAUUGCACACAUGGAAGACCCUGAUUUUGCAGAACCAUUAACCAUCCCUGGCUGUGUUGCUGCAUCUUCGCUUCCUUUGUAUGGGCAGGCUGCACAAAUAGACCAACCACCAGAAGAAAUUGUAGCACUGAUCUCCUCUAUGGGGUUCCAAAGAAACCAAGCUAUUCAGGCCCUGAGGGCAACAAAUAACAAUCUGGAACGAGCUCUGGACUGGAUAUUCUCUAACCCGUAUAGUGAAGAGGAGUCUGCAAAUGCUUCACACUCCGUGGAUGCGGAAAACAAUCAAAAUGGAAUUCUUACCAACAAUGAACAAGAAGGACCUCAAAUUAAAGAUGGAAGUGGAAGAUAUGAACUCUUUGCCUUUAUCAGUCAUAUGGGAACAUCAACCAUGUCUGGACAUUAUGUAUGUCAUAUUAAAAAGGAAGGAAGAUGGGUGAUUUAUAACGAUCAUAAAGUUUCAGCAUCCGAGCGACCGUCUAAAGGCUUGGGCUACCUUUACUUCUAUCACAGGAUACCUUAAGUGAGGUCCUAGGUCUGGAAAGCCAUAUACAGUUUAUACCAGCUAUAGAAACCUAAGCAGAAGCAAACGAAUGUCGGACUACUGGAACACCAAGAGAAAUCUAAAAUAUUUAAGUUUAUUUAAAGAAAAAAAAAUAAUAUGUAAAGCUUUAUUAAGCCUUAAACUGGAAAUUGCCACAUCUGAAAUCUUAUGUCGUUUUGUGUAAUUUUAUAUGUAAAAUGGAUGAAUGUGUGUUACCUUUACUACAAACAUUAGGAGUGUUUGCUUUCUCUUGGGAGUGCUGAGAGCUCGGAAUAUUACCUUUUCUUCUUCAAUUCAGACAUCUAAUUGCACAUUAUACCCACACUGUAGUACAUUGUAUACACCUGCACUUAUCACUAAUGUUCAGCAGAUGGUGCUGUUCCUAUAAGUUUGGACAGAAAAUGACAGCACAUAUGUAAUAUGGGGUUACACAAUGACUGAAAAGCCUUAGAACCUGUCACCAGUAUUAACUAAAGUUUACCCCAAGCUGCCACAUAAUACAUGAUGUGAAAAUGGUUCCCAUUGAAUAGUUAGACAGUAAUACAGCUAGAUUGGAAUAUAUCUAGAGCGGAAUGUAUUCAAUUCUCCAUCUCUUAUUCUUUUGUUAGUAAUCUCCCUUAAGCCUCUGCUAAGUCCUUCUUUGCAAUCUGUGUACUUUGCUGGCAAAGUUAUAGUUGUGGAUCAAUGUUAGAAUCUUUUGAGAAUAUGCACUCACAAUUUCAUAGGAUUCUCUUAUGCUUUCCCUGGCUGUAAGAAGGAUUACUUACCAGCUAAACAAGGGAUACUGAAUUCCCAGGAGGCUCAAUAUAGACGGCUGGGUCCCCUGGCUCAGCAAUAGCACAAUUUACUGUUGUUGUGUUGUGUACUACUUUAUAGCUGCCACAUAUAUCUGUUGUAAGAACAGAGGGGAAAAAUGUGGAAUUAUAAACAGGCUGUGCAAGAUCUGAUGUAUUUUGGAGAAACAGUAUUUUUCUUUAUUAUAGCUGCUAUGGAGCUAGGCAGUCAACCCAAAAUAUGUUUUGUACAUGAACAACAGUAAUUACAGUAUUGUCACAUCCAGCAAUAUACAGUAAGCAGUGUACAGUUGUCACAUCCAGCAACAUUCUCAUAAAGCUACUGUACAUACAGCUGUUCUAAGUGCCUUUUGCUACUGAUCCCACUGCAUACUAUUUUUGUCAUACAUGAUUAUGGUGAUUGGAAUGGCUGAGAUCUAUAAUGAUAAUAAACACGACACAAAUGGAGUACAAGUGUGUGAUGUUAGUGACUUUCUAACUGUAUAUAAUAUGCUAGAAUGCUAAGGCUUAGUACCAACAUUAAGCGUUUAUAUACAUAUACAUGUUGGGAUAUAGCAGACGUAUGUGGACACAUCUGUAUACUGCUGCCACCUGGAUUCUCUGCUACUUAUUUUACAUAUCCAGAUUCAGACUGUGAAUAUUCUCUCUUACUGUAUGUCUAUGAUUAGGCGUGUACACUAAUCUGGUUGUAGGAACAUAACCUAGUAUGCAGAUUAUAUGGGUCUGAUCCUUAGAAAAGACUAGAAAUAAGUGCACUCUAGAGAUGUUGUCACAGAAUGUCCUUUACAAUUGGAACAACAGAAACUGGGUAAUAACAGACAGGCUUAGAGGUAGGAAGGCCCUACUCACAAGCUUACAAUCUAUAGGAUCCAGAUCCGUUUUGGAAUGUGAAGCCCUCUGGCUUGCUGUAAAAUCCCUGUUUAACUUUUGGUUGCAAAAUAGGAGGAUAGUAGCACAAAGACACAGGGAAUAAACUUUCAAAGCUAAAAAACAUCUUGUAAAAGUAUGUAUGUAGUAUGUAUUGCUUUAGCUGCAGAAACCUUUUUUUCAUACGUUUUAUAAACGCAAAAGUUUAUUACUGGAGAAUCUGCUGAUAUCUGUCCAAGAUGAAGAAGUAAUUAGUAGACGAUGGUGUCAGUGUAAUUAGUAGACAAAGUUGUCAGUAGUAGGAUAUCAAAACCCCCCAAUAUUCUCCAGUAUUGAUUAGCUAGAACUCGCAUGUCAGCUACAGGUUCUGUUGUCUAGAUCAGGGUUGUACACCCAAAUGUGUGUCUCACUGUAGUGUAGGAUCAGUUCUCAUGAUGCUCAAUGUUCAAAUCAGUUAUGUACGACCAAAUUAUAAUGUCAUUAUUAAGGCUAUUUUAUUAUUUAUUCCUCCUAUUCAUGUUUCACUAUAAUAUUAGUAUAAUAUAAUGUAUUUGUAGCUAAACGUUUUAAAGCUGACUAUUAAUAAUAAUAAACUUAUAUUCUUAACUAAUUUUGACCUACUUUUCAAACAUUUAGUUCAGCUAAAACCAAAAUAUUUUAAUUAUGGUGUAACUAAUGUCAUUAAAAAAUAAAUAAAAGGCGAGAUGUAAUAGCCUCUGAGAUUGCCGGAGGUGCGGGGUGCCGGCCGUUCUCUAACUUUUUUUUUAAAGCGUCAGUCAAUUCCAAGGCAUGGUUUUGCCUUGUAAAUUGUUGCCUCUUUAUAAAAUUACAUCUUGGCUAAAGAAUUAAUUUGAAACUCGCCAUAAUUAAUUUUCUAGAAUGACAUAAUUAACUAUCCGUUAUAUUUAAUAACCAUGUUACACUAAAUUGUAAAUUGCAAGUAAUACCUUAUUGGUCCAGGUGGAUUGAGUCCAGCCCCAAAACAGUGAAGACUAUGCUGUCAAAUGUUAUUCCGUUCCAUUGUGUUUAUCAUUCACAAAAUACUUAAAAAAUACUUUAAAAAACAAAACAAAAACCUGCUAUGCUGCUUUAGUACACAAAACAUUAUACAGUAUAUAGAGAGGGAGAGAGAGCUAACGUAAAUGUAAUGAAGCCUACUGCAGUACAAUGGGGGUCAUUCCGAGUUGAUCUCUAGCUGCCGUUGUUUGCAGCGCAGCGAUCAGGCUAAAAAUCUGCACUUCUGCGCAUGCGUAAGCGGCACAAUGUGCACGCGUGACGUACUUUCACAAAAGCUGAUGCAGUUUCACACAAGGUCUAGCGACGCCGCAGAGUCAUUGACAGAAAGUGAGUGUUUCUGGGAGGUAACGGACUGUUUUCGGGAAGUGUGUGUAAAAACGCAGGCGUGCCUAGGGAAACGCGGGCGUGGCUGGCCGAACGCAGGGCGUGUUUGUGACGUCAAAACAGGAACUAAAUAGUGUGAAGUAAUCGCAAGCUAGGAGUAGGUCUGGAGCUGCUCAGAAACUACACAAUCUUUUUUUGUAGCAGCGCUGCGGUCCUUUCGUUCGCACUUCUGCUAAGCUAAGAUACAGUCCCUGAGGGCGGCAGCUUAGCGUCUGCACGGCUGCUAAAAGCAGCUAGCGAGCGAACAACUCAGAUUGAGGGCCAAUGUGAAUACAUUUAAUAGUUUGUGAAAAAUAACUAAUUAUUAGACCUCCUUUAGAGCCCUGUUAUAUGUAUAUACUCCUAUGUGUAUAUACUGUAAAGAUGGAGUAAAUGAUGAGGAAAUCAGAUUCUCCUCAGAACACCCAGUAUGACUGAUAGACAUUUACUUUCCAUCCAUUUAACCAUCAUCUUGGCAGACUCAAGUUUGUUUCAUGUGGAGCUAUUGGAGAACCCAUCUGUAGUAGUAGAUUCAUUCCCCUGCCGUGCAUGAGAACCAUAGUCUUUUGCCUUCAUUUGCAGAGUUAUGACCAAAGUGAUCUAACAUAUUCGGGAUUAAGAGCAUAUUUAUGGGUUGUGAGCAGCCUGCCAAAAACUCUAGAGAAAGACACAGUGAAAGAUAUCACCCGAUAGUACAGCAAUUACUAACAUGUCAUCUCCACUUUAUCACUUCUGCCUUGAAAUUAACAGUACGGAGGUUUGUGUUUUAUCAAUUCCCUGUUCUGGACGUAAGUACAGUUAUAUGUAACAGUGAGUCAGAUAUGAGGUGAAGACAUUGCUGCAUUUUCAUUCAUUUUCUUACAUUUUCUGGAUCUCAGUAAAUAGACUGAAAUAAAAUAGUUUUCAUUUUAUCAUUAAUAGAAUAGCAAAUUUCUUUGUUAUGUCCCAAGUUUUGUCAGUUCCGGUAGCAAUUGUUAUUUAACAAUAGCUGACUUACUCAGCUACAGUAUUGCUUAACAGAGCAUUCUGGAAAUGGUAAUUAAACAGCUGGAGAGCUACAGUGUGACAGCAAAUAGAUCAAUUAUUUACUAACUGCUAUAUUAUAGAACAAGGCUCUGCCUGCCUAUCAUUAGAUUGGCAUAUCCCAUAUUGAGACAUACAGUAGUGUUCCUUAUGCUGCAUACUAGCCUACUUACAUAGGUAAUUAGUUUCUAUGCUGCUUUACAUGGUACUUACACCCCCUUACACUAUCCACAGCCAGCUCCAGUCAUGGUGAGCUUGUGCCACAGUACUAGCAUACCAACACCCCCUUACACCAUCCGCAGCCAGCUCCAGUCAUGGUGAGCUUGAUCCACAGUACUAGCAUACCAACACCCCCUUACACCAUCCGCAGCCAGCUCCAGUCAUGGUGAGCUUGUGCCACAGUACUAGCAUACCAACACCCCCUUACACCAUCCGCAGCCAGCUCUAGUCAUGGUGAGCUUGUGCCACAGUACUAGCAUACCAACACCCCCUUACACCAUCCACAGCCAGCUCCAGUCAUGGUGAGCUUGUGCCACAGUACUAGCAUACCAACACCCCCUUACACCAUCCGCAGCCAGCUCCAGUCAUGGUGAGCUUGUGCCACAGUACUAGCAUACCAACACCCCCUUACACCAUCCGCAGCCAGCUCUAGUCAUGGUGAGCUUGUGCCACAGUACUAGCAUACCAACACCCCCUUACACCAUCCGCAGCCAGCUCCAGUCAUGGUGAGCUUGCGCCAUAGUACUAGCAUACCAACACCCCCUUACACCAUCCGCAGCCAGCUCCAGUCAUGGUGAGCUUGCGCCAUAGUACUAGCAUACCAACACCCCCUUACACCAUCCGCAGCCAGCUCCAGUCAUGGUGAGCUUGUGCCACAGUACUAGCAUACCAACACCCCCUUACACCAUCCGCAGCCAGCUCUAGUCAUGGUGAGCAUGCGCCAUAGUACUAGCAUACCAACACCCCCUUACACCAUCCGCAGCCAGCUCCAGUCAUGAUGAGCUUGUGCCACAGUACUAGCAUACCAACACCCCCUUACACCAUCCGCAGCCAGCUCCAGUCAUGGUGAGCUUGAUCCACAGUACUAGCAUACCAACACCCCCUUACACCAUCCGCAGCCAGCUCCAGUCAUGGUGAGCUUGCGCCAUAGUACUAGCAUACCAACACCCCCUUACACCAUCCGCAGCCAGCUCCAGUCAUGGUGAGCUUGCGCCAUAGUACUAGCAUACCAACACCCCCUUACACCAUCCGCAGCCAGCUCCAGUCAUGGUGAGCUUGUGCCACAGUACUAGCAUACCAACACCCCCUUACAACAUCCGCAGCCAGCUCUAGUCAUGGUGAGCUUGCGCCAUAGUACUAGCAUACCAACACCCCCUUACACCAUCCGCAGCCAGCUCCAGUCAUGAUGAGCUUGUGCCACAGUACUAGCAUACCAACACCCCCUUACACCAUCCGCAGCCAGCUCCAGUCAUGGUGAGCUUGAUCCACAGUACUAGCAUACCAACACCCCCUUACACCAUCCGCAGCCAGCUCCAGUCAUGGUGAGCUUGUGCCACAGUACUAGCAUACCAACACCCCCUUACACCAUCCGCAGCCAGCUCCAGUCAUGGUGAGCUUGUGCCACAGUACUAGCAUACCAACACCCCCUUACACCAUCCGCAGCCAGCUCUAGUCAUGGUGAGCUUGCGCCAUAGUACUAGCAUACCAACACCCCCUUACACCAUCCGCAGCCAGCUCCAGUCAUGAUGAGCUUGUGCCACAGUACUAGCAUACCAACACCCCCUUACACCAUCCGCAGCCAGCUCCAGUCAUGGUGAGCUUGUGCCACAGUACUAGCAUACCAACACCCCCUUACACCAUCCGCAGCCAGCUCUAGUCAUGGUGAGCUUGCGCCAUAGUACUAGCAUACCAACACCCCCUUACACCAUCCGCAGCCAGCUCCAGUCAUGAUGAGCUUGUGCCACAGUACUAGCAUACCAACACCCCCUUACACCAUCCGCAGCCAGCUCCAGUCAUGGUGAGCUUGCGCCAUAGUACUAGCAUACCAACACCCCCUUACACCAUCCGCAGCCAGCUCCAGUCAUGGUGAGCUUGUGCCACAGUACUAGCAUACCAACACCCCCUUACACCAUCCGCAGCCAGCUCCAGUCAUGGUGAGCUUGCGCCAUAGUACUAGCAUACCAACACCCCCUUGCACCAUCCGCGGCCAGCUCCAGUCAUGAUGAGCUUGUGCCACAGUACUAGCAUACCAACACCCCCUUACGCCAUCCGCAGCCAGCUCCAGUCAUGGUGAGCUUGUGCCACAGUACUAGCAUACCAACACCCCCUUACACCAUCCGCAGCCAGCUCUAGUCAUGGUGAGCUUGCGCCAUAGUACUAGCAUACCAACACCCCCUUACACCAUCCGCAGCCAGCUCCAGUCAUGAUGAGCUUGUGCCACAGUACUAGCAUACCAACACCCCCUUACACCAUCCGCAGCCAGCUCCAGUCAUGGUGAGCUUGCGCCAUAGUACUAGCAUACCAACACCCCCUUACACCAUCCGCAGCCAGCUCCAGUCAUGGUGAGCUUGUGCCACAGUACUAGCAUACCAACACCCCCUUACACCAUCCGCAGCCAGCUCCAGUCAUGGUGAGCUUGCGCCAUAGUACUAGCAUACCAACACCCCCUUGCACCAUCCGCGGCCAGCUCCAGUCAUGAUGAGCUUGUGCCACAGUACUAGCAUACCAACACCCCCUUACGCCAUCCGCAGCCAGCUCCAGUCAUGGUGAGCUUGUGCCACAGUACUAGCAUACCAACACCCCCUUACACCAUCCGCAGCCAGCUCUAGUCAUGGUGAGCUUGCGCCAUAAUACUAGCAUACCAACACCCCCUUAUACCAUCCGCAGCCAGCUCCAGUCAUGAUGAGCUUGUGCCACAGUACUAGCAUACCAACACCCCCUUACACCAUCCCCAGCCAGCUCCAGUCAUGGUGAGCUUGCGCCAUAGUACUAGCAUACCAGGAUGCUUCACUCAGAUUUUCAUCAGCACUUAACAGAAAUCUAACAACUGAGUUGAUCUUUGGAACAUUGUCUAUUUUGGCGCACUGGGGUGCGGUGACAUUUCCGGCAGUCGGGAUCCCGGCGGUCAGAAUACCCAAUCCGCUGGUUGAAAGUGCUUUGAGCACCCAUAUCAUAGCCAAGAGAUUUGCACUAUGCUGAUGUAACAUUUGAAGUAUACGGUAAUGUGUGCAGAAGUUGAUUUGUGCAACGUAUUGUUACAAAUGGUAGAAAUUUGUGUGUGUGACAUAUUCCUGAUUUGUGUAUACAUUGUAAAGUAUUGUAAUAUCUUUUGAUGGAUUUCUCUGGCAGUCACAUAAAGCAUAAUCCAAUCAUUGUUCUCACAGAGAAUGGACGUGAUAUCUGAAGGUCUCCGAGAGAUGAGAACUACAAUGAUUUAUUUCUUAGGGCACUUUGGUUUCCAGUACCUAAUCCUGUUUCUCAGUCUGCUGUAACCUCAAUUCCACACACCAAUAGUGUUGCCUUAUCAGGACAAAACUUGCACAUACAUAGGAUGGUUGAUAACAAUGCUUAAGCACAAGGGUUGAGUGCAUUUACCAUCCUGACUUGACAGGUCUUCAGACUUAAGCCCAGUACUCACGGGCCGAUCAAGGAGAGAUGCGUGCUGAGCGAACCGCUCAGCACACAUCUCUCCUGCCGCUCAGCACAGCGCGAUCUGUGCUGAGCGUGCGGGGGGAGACGGGGGGGCCGCUCACUUCACCCAGCGGGUGAAGUGAGCGACCCGCUAGAUUGGCCUGCAUGCAGGCCAAUCUAGCAGCGGCGAUAGCGAUGUGCGGGGCCGCGCAUCGCUAUCGCCGAGGGGGCUACACACGGAGCGAUCCUGCCGAUAUUCUAAGCAAUCUAGUCAGAUUGCUUAGAAUAUCGCUCCGUGAGUACCCCCCUUUAAGAAUUUCUUGUUUCCUAUGACCUGUAAUUAUAAUGUUGUCAUUCCUGAGAUAUAACCAAUAGGAUGUGGGCUGUGGAAUACUGGUUACACUCACAGUUGUCUGCUCUUGCCUUACUUUUUGAGCAGUUGACAGUUGUAUUGAUCUGAUACUAUACAACACACUGUAUUAUAGGGUAUCUGGAUGGUCGACCAUGUUAAGGUCGACAGCCAUUAGGUCGACCACUAUUGGUCGACAUGGACAUAUGUCGACACAGGGCAGGUCGACACAUGAAAAGGUCGACAUGACUUUUUUUUUUUUUUUAAUAGAUUUUUAACUUUUUCAUACUUUACCAUCCACGUGGACUAUGAUUGGGAACGGUUACCCGUGCCGAGCCAUGCAAGGGGACGCGGUACACUAAUUGGGGUUCCUGGUCAUGUAAUUGAAAAAAUGACACCAAAAACAGUUUUAAAAAAAUCCAUGUCGACCUUUUCGUGUGUCUGCCUGUCCCGCGUCGAUCAUUUUCAUGUGUCGACUAUUAGUCCACGUCGACCAUGUCUAUGUCGACCAAUAGUGGUCGACCUAAUGAAUGUCGACCUUAACAUAGUCGACCAUUCAUACCAGAACCUAUUAUAGACCUCUGUGCUAGAGAUAGCAGCAAUAUCAAGAUGUAAGUAAUGUCAAUACAAUUAUAUAUAAUGGAACUUUAUGACACAAUACACAGGAAAGGCUACCUGUACCGUCUUGAUUUGUUCAGUAUUUAUAAUUAACUAUUUUCAGAAUGUCUUUAUGAUGCUGGUCCCUCCUGACAGGUAAAAUGCAGUGAAUGAGCUGACAUUGGUAAGGAGCAAGAAGACAUGUACAUGUUUUCAGCAUUUCCUAGGCAUUAGGUUUCUCCUGGCAAGCUUUAUGGGAUUCCCUGUUUAGUGAAGUCAGCCCAUUGUUGAGUCCGGUGCACAUAUUCUUAUUUAACCCUCAUGUGACCAGAGGGCAGACAAUACUUACAUCUGACGUUGCCUGCUCUUCUAGCAAUUAUGUACUAUGCAAGAUUUUUAAGGGGUAGAACUGAUUCUAUGGCAAUCAGCCACAGCAUUGUCUCGCACUAUUGUGUUGCUGUAUUAAUUAAUAAUUGCAUCUAAAUACUUGGAAACUGUUACUCUGGAAAAGAUCUGCAAACUGUUUUAAAUUAAAAUAUUUUCACACAUCUA